GGCCCCGUGUCCGCGCACGGCCCCCCCAAGUUCCACCUGCCGGAGAGCGGCUCGGUCGACUUCUGGGCGGUGGGCAUGGACUGUUGCAACCAGACCAGCGGCGAGUUCUGGUGCGGCCAGGUCAGCAACCCCAGGGCCCGGGCCGGCAUGCGGAUGCUCCGCGACGACAGCCGGCCCUUCUACGCGCUGGCCGUCCAGGUUUGGGCGGCAAAGCGCUGCCCCGAGGACGUGAACACGGUGAGCGGCGUGAGGGCUCAGGCCCCCUGGGGGUCUGGAGCAGCGCCGUCGGGAUCUGGGAGGGCUGGGCGCGGCCCGCCCAGCGGCGGAGACGCUACAGAGCACUCGGUGCACGGGUCGAGAGGCCCCCCUCAUCUGCCUGCCUGCGAAGCACCCGCUCUUCUUCUACUGGGUGGUCGACCCGAUGCUGGAGGUGGAUACGUUCGCUGCGAGGUCGUCGGCUCU